AUGGGCAAUAAAUCCUCAAAAUCUAGACCAACUCAUAUAUUCCGAACUCGAAAGCCUUCUAAAAUCAUUUUUAGAUCCAUUCAUGGUAGAAGAUUUCAUAAUGAUGUAAAUUCAAAGUAUAUAUUGCCGAACGAUGAUGAAGAAGUCGAUAGACUUCAGUUGCAACAUUUUCUUUAUCGAACUAUAUGGAAUGGUAAUUAUUCUGCUCCAGUAACUGAACUUCUUGAACGUGGCAAUUGCAAUGUUCUUGAUUCAACAACAUACUCAAAAUCCAGGUUCAUUGGCAUAGACAUUUCUCCAAUGUUUCCAACCGGUAUAAAACCUCCAAACUUGACUUUUCACACUGCGAAUGUCCUAAAGGGUCUACCAUUCCCUGACGAUCAUUUCGAUUUCGUUUAUAUGCGAUUCCUAAUAAUAGCAUUUACCGAAGACGAAUGGACAACUGUAAUUAGUGAAUUAAUCAGAGUGGUGAAACCUGGUGGGUGGAUAGAAUUAAUGGAGGGUAAUAUGGAAUUUGAAGGGGAAGGUGCUUGUGCGCAAGUUUUAAUGGAUGCUU